AUGUUAGCGUCACCCAUGGUAGUAGUUCUACCUCUCGCCACGUCACCAAUUCUUGCAGGAAUGGUGGGUGGAUUGGCGGGGGAAAGAGUGAGACCAGGUCGUAAAGAUGAAGAAAAUUCCACAGAAAUAUGGACCCCCAUGUAUGUUUUGGCCCCUCCAUGUGUAAUAUUUCUUGCCCAUGUACCACCUUUCUUUAUUUUUAUUGGGACACAAGAAAAGCUGGCUGCGUACCUGUAUGAACUAGGAAACUCAUAG